GGGUGAGGGUACAUCCAGUCGCUUCAUCACUUUUCUUCCUUUUCACAUAUUUUUUCAGACUCCUUUUGGUUUCUAGACUUUUUGCUUCAACAAGAUUCUGGGAUUUGUAGUAGCUCUGGUAAAAGUAGUUUAGCAUUCAGAUAAGUUUUCUGGGAUGAGGGUUUCUUUGGCCGCCGUUAAUCCUCAACAGGAGGAAACUACUGGUGAGAAGAAAUGCUUGAAUUCAGAGCUGUGGCAUGCGUGUGCGGGCCCGCUGGUUUCCCUUCCUCAGCUAGGAAGCAGAGUUGUCUAUUUCCCACAAGGGCAUAGCGAGCAGGUAACUGCCUCAACAAACAAGGAAAUUGAUGCUCAUAUACCUAGUUAUCCUGGUUUACCGCCACAGCUCAUCUGUCAGCUUCACAAUGUGACUAUGCAUGCAGAUAAUGAGACUGAUGAGGUGUAUGCACAGAUGACAUUGCAGCCACUAAGUGCUCAAGACCAAAAGGAUGUCUGUCUGCUGCCUGCAGAACUUGGGAUGCCAAGUAAACAGCCAACAAACUAUUUCUGCAAAACCUUAACUGCAAGUGACACGAGCACUCAUGGAGGAUUCUCUGUCCCACGUAGAGCUGCAGAAAAAGUUUUUCCUCCUCUUGAUUAUUCCCAACAGCCUCCUGCACAAGAGUUGAUUGCCAAAGAUCUUCACGGGAAUGAAUGGAAGUUUCGGCAUGUAUUUCGCGGACAACCAAAGAGGCAUCUAUUGACAACAGGAUGGAGUGUAUUUGUAAGUGCAAAGAGACUUACAGCAGGCGACGCUGUAAUCUUUAUCUGGAAUGAGCACAAUCAGUUGCUACUUGGAAUUCGGCGUGCUACUCGUCCACAAACCGUCAUGCCUUCUUCAGUUUUGUCUAGUGAUAGCAUGCACAUUGGCCUUCUUGCCGCUGCAGCUCAUGCGGCUGCAACAAACAGCCGCUUCACUAUAUUUUACAAUCCAAGAGCUAGCCCUUCAGAUUUUGUGAUUCCUCUGGCUAAAUAUGCUAAAGCUGUGUAUCAUACACGAGUUUCUGUUGGUAUGCGGUUCAGAAUGCUCUUUGAAACCGAAGAAUCCAGUGUUCGCAGGUAUAUGGGUACAAUUACAGGCAUUAGUGAUUUAGAUCCCACUCGCUGGCCAAAUUCACAUUGGCGGUCUGUCAAGGUAGGAUGGGAUGAAUCAACUGCAGGGGAGAGGCAGCCCAGAGUCUCCUUGUGGGAAAUUGAACCACUCACUACUUUUCCAAUGUAUCCAAGUCCUUUCUCCCUUAGGCUUAAGCGGCCAUGGCCAGCAGGGCUACCUUCUUUUCCAGGUCUGAGCAACGGAGAUAUGCACAUCGGAUCUCCACUUGCAUGGCUGCGUGGCAGCAUGGGUGGUGAUCAGGGACUCAAUUUUCAGGGAUAUGGUAUGCCACACCCCUUCAUGCAAUCAAGGGUCGAUGCCUCAUUGCUCGGGUUACAACCCGACAUUUACCAAGCAAUGGCAAAUAGCCAGCAGCCACUUGUGCAGUUCCAGCAAGGCAUCCCAAACACUUCUUCAUCAUCCUUGAUUCAGAGUCAAAUGUUACAGCAGCAGCAGAAUUUUCUCCAGGGAGGCUUUGCAGAGAACCAGCAGCAGCAGCAACAACAGGUGAUAUCUCAGGCUCAAAUUCUACAACAGCAGUUGCAACGUCAGCAUUCUUACAAUGAGCAGCAGCAACAGUUCCAGCAAGAUCAACAACAGCAAAUGUCAAAGUCAUCUAGUCUUCCUAGGAUGAAUUCUCAGUCCCAACAGUUUUCACAUUUCCAGUCCUUAAAUCCAAACUCUGUUCCCCAAAACCAACAGACAUUUUCUGAACUAAUGAUGGGAAACAAUGUCUUGACUUCUAAUAAUAAUAAUAUCAAGUCUCCUUCUACCCAGACCCUGACUAGGUCUUUUUCUCAUGAUGAAUCCGAUCCCUUAGUCACCCAACCUUCUAAUAAGAGAAUUGCUCUUGAAUCUCAAGUUUCUUCCAGAGCAAAUAGUCCAUAUGUAGUUUCACCUAGCAACACUAAGAUAUCUGACCAUCCCACCUUCUUGCCACCGUUCCCCGGAAAAGAUUAUUCUGAGUACGGUGCUCUACUUGGGGGCGCUACAGACUCGUCCGUUUUGCUGCAGAAUGGGAUUUCGAACCUCAAACAGGGUGGCGGUAGUGGUGAGAAUGGGUUUUUGAGCAUGCCUUUCUCUAGCUGUAAUUUUACUAGUGGGGUCGGCACUGACUAUCCCUUAAACCCGGCAGAUGUGGCAAAUUCUAGUAGUUGUAUGGAUGAUUCUGGUUUCUUGCAGUCCUCAGAAAACGUGGACCAAGCAAACCCACCACUUAACAGAACCUUUGUGAAGGUUCAUAAAUCUGGGUCCUACGGGCGUUCACUUGACAUCACUAAAUUUAGCAGCUACCAUGAGCUGAGAGGUGAGCUUGCUCGUAUGUUUGGACUAGAGGGUCUUUUGGAAGACCCUGAGAGAUCAGGCUGGCAGCUUGUAUUUGUUGACCGAGAGAAUGAUGUUCUACUCCUCGGCGACGACCCUUGGCAGGAGUUUGUAAACAAUGUUUGGUAUAUCAAAAUAUUGUCACCAUUUGAGGCGCACCAGAUGGGGAAAGAAGAUAGCCUCCCUCUUCCAAACAACCUCCAAAGGCUCCCAAACGGCGACACCGGGUGUGACGAUCACUUGGGUCAGAAAGGGACGACUAGGAACAUGAAUGGAAUACCAUUGGGUCUUGACUACUGAUAAGGAAUGUUUUGAUUAAAUUAAUCUCCAGGUGUUAAUUGUACAAUAGUACAAACUGCUGUAUCGCCAGGUAAUCAGAUUGUAAAUUAGUGUAUUAUGAUUAAUUCUUAUCAAGUUUGCAUCAUUAAGAUGAUGAAUUGUAAGAGUAAUACUCCUAACAACUUGCUAUUAAUAUUAUUGUUAUUGUUAUUUAUUAUUGUUGUUGUUAUUAUAAUAUUUAUUGUCAACUAGUCUGCAUUCUCUCAC